AUGCACUGGCCUUUCCUUUCGACAAUGAGUGGGUGGAAGUCUUCGAACUUUGCGUUGGGAACAGUAUCGGUCAAUGUGCCUCGUGCCUCAAACAUCAUCAGCUUGAUUGAGACUAAGCCUCGUAGACACAAUCAAGGCUUCGAGGUCGAGGGCUUUGUUGUGUUUGCAUUAGAUGUAUGCUGA